AUGAGUGUCAUUCGUUUGUCCAGGAUCACGUUAUGGUUCCUGCCGGCGUCCUGGUACUGCGGUGUGGCCCCCAGGCAGAAGCUGCUGCUACUGCUGCUGCUCCUGCUGGGCACCUCGGUCCUGCUGCUCAUGGCCACCAACCAGAGGCUUCUUUGGGGCACCCAAAGACCUCGUGGGACUCGCUUCAGCAAGUACCUCUCCAGUGCCGAGUCCAUGGAGGCCACAGAUGUGCGGGACGCAGGCCUCAAUUACGGUGUAGUGGUGGACUGCGGCAGCAGCGGUUCUCGUGUUUUUGUGUACUACUGGCCCCCCCACAACGGAAACCCACACACGCUACUCGACAUUCGGCAGAUGAGAGACUUCGACCGGCAGCCUGUCGUCAAGAAGAUUAAACCGGGUAUCUCCACGCUAGCGAUGUCUCCCAAGAGCGCCAGUGAUUAUUUGCAUCCUUUGCUUAGCUUCGCUGCCUCUCACGUGCCACAGAAGAAACACAAGGAGACGCCACUUUAUAUUCUCUGUACCGCUGGCAUGAGGCUGCUGCCGGACAGCCAGCAAGCGGCCAUUUUGGAUGACCUGGUGAGCGACAUUCCGCUGGACUUUGACUUCCUGUUUUCCCGCUCUCACGCUGAGGUCAUCUCCGGAAAGCAGGAAGGUGUUUAUGCGUGGAUCGGCAUCAACUUCGUUUUAGGCCGCUUCGACCAUGCUGACGAAGAUGAUGCCACAGUGGAGGUGACCACCAGCUCGCAGCACCAGCGACCAAUCAGCCGCCGCCGCACAGUGGGCAUCUUGGACAUGGGCGGAGCUUCACUGCAGAUCGCCUACGAGGUUCCUGGGCCAAUCACCUUCAGCUCGCCGCAACAGGAGGAAGCGGCCAAGAGCGUCCUGGCCGAGUUCAACCUGGGCUGCGAUGUGGAGCAUACGCAGCACGUGUACCGCGUCUACGUGACCACCUUCCUUGGAUUCGGCGGCAACAUGGCCCGACAGCGCUACGACGACCGCCUCGUCAACAGCACCAUUUCCGACAAGUACUAUGUGACCGCUGGGAUGGGCUCGAGUGAGGAUAAACUCUACUUGGACCCUUGUCUGCCCCUCGCUCUGUCACAGACGGUGGUUAGAGACAACCGCACCUUGUAUUUGAGAGGCCAGGGAGACUGGGGCCGCUGCCUGGAGGCCGUCCACCCCUUCCUGGGCCUUCACAAUGACACCAUGACGGCGGCGGGCGGUGUGUACCAGGCGCCCAUCAACUUCAGUAACAGCGAGUUCUACGGCUUUUCCGAGUUUUAUUACUGCAUGGAGGACGUGCUGCGAAUCGGCGGACAGUACGACAGUGACAAAUACUCAAAGGCUGCCAAGGACUUUUGCGCUACCAAGUGGUCGACAUUGAAGCAGCGCCUGGACAAGAAGCUUUUCUCCCAGCAAGCUGACAUCGACAGACUCAAAUAUCAGUGCUUCAAGUCAGCAUGGAUGUUUGAGGUUCUGCACGCCGGAUUCCACUUCCCCAGGGACUACCGGUCUCUUCAAACGGCGCAGCUGGUCUACGACAAGGAAGUGCAGUGGACGCUGGGAGCCAUUUUGUUCAAGACGCGUUUCCUGCCACUCAGGGACCUCCAGCAGGAGACGCUCCGCCAGAACCAUCCAAGCUGGUUGCGCUCAUCCUUCGUGUACAACCACCACCUGUUCUCCCUCUGCCUGUUGGUGGUAGUUUUAGCCAUUUUGCUCUACAUCCUACGCCUGAGACGCAUCCACCAGCGAGAAAAGCGGCAAGCAGACACGCUGGCCAUGCUUUGGGCCGAGGAAGGAGAGGCGCUUCUACCUUGA